UCUAAGCAGCAAGUGGAUUGAUGAAGAUCGACAGGCGGCUAUCCAUGCAGCUCCAAACAAGUUCCGGCAUUUCAAUCCAAAAUUAUUUCUCACAAUCUCUGAAACGCAAACAAUGGCGUGUCUAAAGAAGAUUACACUUUUUUGUGUUUUAUUUCCCGUUCUUUACGCCGUGUUUUCUCAAGUAACAGCGAAUGCCGAGUGUUUUUCUGACUCGCAGUGUUUUGGCUAUUGCUGCGACAGAAAAUAUCCUGACGACAAUGUAUGUCGAUUCAGUUGCAUUGGCGAGUCUUGUAUCAUUAACAGCGACUGUGCUCCUGGAGAAUGCUGUAAUUCUGAUGAUAAAUGUGCCACCGAUUGUGAUGUCGUGAUUGAGGAUCUUGCUGGUUGGAUUGUUGCAGUAAUUGUUAUCGGUGUUAUUGUCGUUAUCGUCAUACCCAUUGGAGUUGUCGUGUUUUGCUGUUGCUGUGCUGCGUCAGUCUCAACACGUUCUGCUCAUGGAGGUGUUAUAGUAUCACAACCUGCGACCACAGGAACAACAGUCUUUUCAACCCAGCAACAACAACAACAACAAUAUCCUGCACAACAAGGACAACCAAUGGCGUACUUCCAAAACCCUCAACCAUAUCCAAAUCAAUCCCCUCCAUAUCAACCUCAAGGCAUGGUGUAUCCAACUGGGCAAACUGAAGCCCGGUAAUAAGAAUUGAAACUGAUUCGGCAAACAGACAUACACUGGCGUCAAUGAAAUAGAAUUACCUAAAUACAAACUAACAGAUAUAGACAUAAACAUAGACAUGUAGAACAUCUUAGACUUUUCUUAUAUUCUACGUACUGUAUUGAAUAGGCCUACUUUUACUAACUAUAAUUUUUUAAAAAAUGUUUCAUUAAUAAAAUGUUUCAUUGCAA